AAUGGGUACCAAUAGCAUUUGUUGUCCAGAUUCAAUAAUUUGAAUUUGAAGGAGACAUACUACCAAUAAAAAGUGUAUAACUCCUCAAUACUGAAACACCACUCUUCUACCAUCACUCCAAACAAACAAACAAACAAAAAUGGCUGAAGCAAUCUUGUUUAAUCUUUCCGGAAAAAUCCUGGAAAGUUUGGGAUCUGUACUACUCCAAGAGCUUGGAUCGCUAUUUCAUGUCAAAGAUGAGCUCGCAAGACUUGAGCACGUUGUUUCUGCCAUCAAAGUUAAACUUCUGGAUGCUGAGGAGCAGAGUAGGAAGAGUAAUGAGGUGGAGCACUGGCUUAAAGAGCUGAAAUAUGUUUUGUAUGAUGUGGAUGACUUGCUAGAUGCCUACUCCACCAAAAUCUUGCAGCGAAAUGCGAUGAGUGGCCAUAGAAUGACAAAGGAGGUACGCAUAUUCUUUUCCCAUUCCAAUCAGUUUGCGGAUCGUGUUAAGAUAAGUCGAGAGAUAAAAUUUGUCAAGGAGAAACUAGAUGAUAUUGCGAAGAACAUGAGUAGCUUUAAUUUUAGGGAGCAGAACUCGGAGGCAAGGGUUGAGAAUUUUCGCAGGGAGCAGACUCAUUCUUUCAUAGAUGCGAGUGAUAUUAUUGGGAGAGGGCAUGAUAAAGAGAGGGUGAUCAAGUUAUUAUCAGAGGUUAAUGAGAAUGAGAGUGUGUCUACGGUGGCAGUUGUUGGGCUUGGAGGACUGGGAAAGACAACAUUGGCUCAAUUAGUAUUCAAUGACGAUGCCUUUAGCGCAGAUUUCGAGCUAAAAAUGUGGGUUCAUGUUUCUGACAUCUUUGAUGUAAAAACGAUUGUUGAGAAAAUCUUAGUAUCUAAAAGUGGAGAAUUGGAGAUGGAAACAUUGCAACAGGAGCUUCGAAAAAAGAUUGAUGGAAAGAAAUAUUUGCUCGUCUUAGAUGACUUGUGGAAUGAGGAUCUUGAAGAUUGGCUAAAAUUGAAAAUAUUGCUUGCAGGAGGUGCAAGGGGAAGCAGAAUACUUGUGACUACACGAAGUGCAAAGGCUGCCGCAAGCACACAAUCAUUUCGGUCUUAUGAGCUGAAAGGUCUGAAUGAAGACGACUCUUGGUCUUUGUUUAGUAAAAUGGUGCUUGGACAAAGAAAUGAGUCAGAAGCUUCAAUUUUCCAAGAUAUUGGGAGGGAGAUUGUGAAGAAGUGCGUUGGGGUCCCUCUCGCAAUAAGAUCCAUUGGAAGAUUGUUGUACUUCAAAAUGACAGAGUCUGAGUGGUUGCGUGUCAAAAAUGAGUUUCUUGCAAAUGCAAAUCUAAGUAUAAGAAAAGAUUUGCAAGUUUUGAAGUUGAGUUAUGAUCAUCUCCCUUCACAUCUGAAGCAUUGUUUCGCGUAUUGCUCCUUAUUUCCAAAAGGUUAUUUAUUCUAUAAGAAAAAUGUGAUACAACUUUGGAUAGCUCAAGGAUUUGUACAAUCCUCAUGGGAUGAUCAACGUCUAGAAGAUGCUGGAGAUGAAUAUUUCUCGGAGUUACUUUGGAGGUCCUUUUUCCAAGACGCGAAAAAGGAUUAUUUGGGGAACAUAUGGGGAUUCGAAAUGCACGAUCUCAUGUGUGAUCUUGCUCAAUUAGUAGCGGGGACUGAGUGCUCCUUAUCAACGUUGGAUGCAAAAAUUGUUGAUGCAAGAACUCGACAUGUAUCAUCCCUUUUCAUUUCUAGUCCAAGUAGCUCAUCAUUGGUCUUUCCUAUUGGCUUGCUUAAAGCCAAUAGAACGAGGACACUUCUUUUGCCGGUUCAAAGUCACAUUAGUCGUGAGAAGAGACAUUCAAAUUCCGAUACAAUUUUUUCAACUCUCAGAUGCUUGCGUACGUUGGAUUUGAGAUACUUCAAAUUCAAAAGUUUGUCUGAUUCCAUAGGUAAACUAAAGCAUUUGAGGUAUCUUCGUAUUUCUGGUAAUGAUCUUAUUGAACAGCUGCCUAGUUGCAUCUGGAAAUUGCAAAAUUUGCAGACGCUCAUACUAUCUUAUUGUUCUAAGCUUUUGGAAUUGCCGAGUGAGAUAACAAAAAUAGCAAGCCUGAGGCAUAUUGAGAUUGAUGGAUGUCAUAGUCUGAAGCAUAUGCCGCACGGGUUGGGAAAGUUGAGUUCUCUUCAGACUUUGUCCUUGUUUGUAGUCGGUAACAGUCAAAGUUCUGCGUCAAGACAGGGAGCUGGGCUUUGGGAACUCAACAUGCUGAAUAACUUGAGAGAAACGCUUGUAAUUCGUCAAUUAGAAAAUGCGGCCAUUGCUUUGAACACUGCCUACUUGAAGGAAAAGGAAUAUCUACAAUCGUUGAGCUUGUGUUGGAGUGAUAAAGACAAUGUUGAUGUUGAUGUUGAUGUUGAUGAGAGUGAAAUGUUGUUGGAAGCUCUACGACCACAUCCAAAUUUGAAAAAAUUGAAGAUAACGUUUUUUGGUGGUCUGAAAAUCCCCAAUUGGAUUUCCUCACUUCGAAAUGUGGUUUCUAUUAAAUUAGUUGGGUGCAAAAGGUGCCAACACAUCCCAAAGUUGGACCAUCUCCUUUCUCUCAAAGAGCUCACUCUUACUCAAUUGCAUGCCCUAGAAUACAUAUCCGAUUCUAUGACCACAUCAACCACAUUUUUCCCAUCAUUAGAGGAGCUCAUACUGAAGGAUUGUGGAAAUAUGAGGGGAUGGUGGAGAGCAAUUGAUGUUGAGAUUCCUCAGUUUCAACGCCUUUCUCAAUUGGAAAUCGAGAAUUGCCCUAAGUUGACGUCAAUGCCAUUGUUUCCAUUUGUCACAUAUUUGAAGUUGAAAAAUGCCAGCCCAAAACCAUUGCAACAGACACUUGCGAUGCUCAAGAUGAACAUGGCUGCAGCACCCUCCAAAAUGCUCUCCUUUCAUGUCUCUCAAGUUGAAGAUCUAAAAUCUCAUCUAGACCAGUGGCUACAAUGCUUCCCUUCUCUUCAUUUUUUAUCUAUUUUUGAUUGCCCAGGACUAACAUUUCUGCCUCGACAUCUGAAACAUCUUUGCUCUCUCAAGAUUUUGUAUCUUGUGAAUGCGGAGGACCUUGAUCCCUCUAGUGGGGAUGACAAGGGUGAAGACUUCCAAUGGCAACAUCUUACAAGCCUUGAUACACUAUCAUUCUCUGGGCUUCCAAAAAUGCUUGCUCUGCCCUCAGCGCUCCAACAUGUUACAACUCUUCAACGUCUGACGAUAUCAAGUUGUCCAACUUUAAAGGAUUUACCUACGUGGCUACCCAAUCUCAACGCACUCCACAUACUUGAAGUCGAAGAUUGCCCUGAAUUGAAAUCAAUGCCAGAUGGGAUGCCUCGUCUCACUUCUUUGAGGGAGUUAGAAAUCAGAAGUUGUGGCCAAUUGUCGAAAAGAUGUCGAAAAAACGAAGGCGAAGAUUGGCCCAAGAUUGCUCACGUCCCAGUUGUAUUUGUGGAUGGUGAAAGACAGUCGCUACGGGCCUGAGUAAAGAUGCUGGGCUGCAUCGGAUGGGAAAAGUUCAAGUGCGGGUGAGGAAUGCAUUAUUGGAAUGUUAUUAUUAUUUUUGUUGUUGGUUUCUGAUGAAUACCCAUCAUCAGUAUCUUCUAACUCUGUUGGUGGGUUUGUUUUCCUCAAGUUAUAUAAGCUCUUUUGACUUCAAAACUAGGUGUUAUUAUUAUUUUCUUAAAUUCCAAUGUCACACUUGAUUUUAUGAA